AUGGACCAAUUCAACGACAAGACGUCUUCGGCAGCUGGAGGGCAUAAUAUUAUUCCUCCGUUGACCUCACCCGGUCAGGACUCUCGACCCAGCAUUUCUCUCGGUGACAUCUCUUCCUGCGAUGAUGCCCUCCAGUUCACAUCUUUUGAGCCCUUCAGCGGCGCGAACUCUCCAUUCGACUUUGAGGGAGCCCUGGACUACAUUGGCGACGGUCUAGGAAGCGGGUGGAUCACUCCUUUGGCAUCCUGCUCCAACUGUAUCACCUGGGGCUAUCAGUGUCAAACAGCACAAGAACGCCAGGUCUGUUGCGUCUUCUGUGGCGAGGUUGAGCCAAGUCAAGAACACAUCAACAAUCAUAACCCCUCCGCCUGCCAGGAACGCACGUUCAACAGAAAGGAUCACUUGAAGCAACAUCUACGCCUGGUUCAUAAUGCCGGCCUGCUUGACUGGUCUGCCAAGCUUUGGAGAGUCGCUGUCCCAGACAUUAGGUCUCGCUGUGGCUUUUGCGGUGCACUUCUGGACACUUGGUCUUUCAGAGCGGAUCACCUGGCAGACCACUUCAAGAUGGGGCAGGACAUGGCAAAUUGGAAGGGCGACUGGGGUUUCGAGGAAGCUGUGUUGGAUAUGGUUGAAAACUCGGUGCCUCCAUACCUUAUUGAGUACGAGCGCUUUUCUCCAUUCCCCUAUCAGGCCAGCGGAACCCCUCCAGAGUCUCCUAGAAAUGCGUUCGGAUUGCUCACUCUUGAGCUCAACCACUUUUUGCGAAUGUUCUACGACAAGACCGGAAACAUGCCUGACAACAAGGAAAUACAACUGGAAGCCUGCCGUAUUAUCUUCGCCUCGGAGAUAUCGUCGUCUCUAGAAUACGAUAUUGGCGCUUUGCAUGCGUCGUGGGUGCGGGACUUGAUCACAUCGUCAGACGAAAUCACUCGGAAGGCUCGAUUUGGACCCAUCAGAUCUGUCGCCGAAAGCAUGAUGUCUGUUCUUCAAAUCAAAGGCAAACGGAGCCUUUUCGAGCAUUGCCCUUGCGAGACGCAACUGCAGAGCUUUGUUGAUGCCCGAAGCGUAUUGGGCCUAGGUGUUAUUACUGAUCUGGAGUUGCAGAACGAAGCCUCCAAGAUCGUGCUGGGUAUGGGCAAAGAAUGUGGAGUAUCGCCAUCUGACUUCGUGGCCAACUGGCUCAUCAACCUGAUCGGCUCAUCAACGGACUGGCUCACGGGGUUUAGGGCCAGAAAACGACUUCCUUUCCCCGAAAGCCCAGCCAAGUCUCCGAUUCAACAACUGCAGUCAACUUUUGGGGAUCAAGGGGGGUCUUUCAAUGAGCCACUUCCGCAAGACACUACCGACCGCAUCGGGCUCAGUACUCACGACGGGCGCUUCAACAACCUGUUGAAUGAAGAAAGCAGCUCUUUCCUAUCUCAACUAGGAGAUCUCGAUCCUGCAUUUACUAGUGAUCUUGAAACGGCAGCUCUGGCAUUAGGCAUGGACUCCCAUGCACCUGCAUCGCUGGUGCCUUCGCCGGAUGCCGUGCCGUCUCCUUCUGGUGUCAACGCUAAUGCACCAUGGGAUGGGCGAGUGAGCCCGGGUGUGAAGGAAGACAAGAUGGAUCUGGAACUUCCGCCAGCUUGGUCUAGGGUAAAGGCCAACUAUGCAUUCUUCAAUGACGCCAACUUCAACCGGUGGCUAGCUCUAGAGCUCCGACGCUGGGUUGCAGCAACCAUGUCUCCGAACAACCCCAAUUGUCACAUCCCUACAGAUCAGGAGCUACAGCAUCAAGCUCGCUUCAUUGUCUUUGAAGAUGGUGAUCCUUGGAAUCAAACAUCGGCAGACAACCUAGAAUGGUUACGACGCUUCAAACGCGACGUUGGCAUCCCAACCAAGACAGAUCACGGAUUCACGAAAGGACCACUGGACUCUCAAUCUGCAGACUCGGGCGUUGGAAGACCAAAGUCUUCCUGA